GUUGUUGGCAAUCAGACCAUUUUUUUUCCUCCAAGCAAAGAAUACAGAAGUUGGUGAGAAAUUGCCCAGAGUAAUUUGUUAUGACAAUGGAUACAAUACGCUGUUAUUUCAUAUUUUUGGUCAUAUUUCUUGGAGCAGGAAUUCACAUAUCAAUCGCGUUGCAGUGCGACUGCCAGUGGUGUAGUAACAGUACCUGCUACACGGAUGGCCUGUGCUUUGUGUCCUUUGUCAAGUCGGGCAGUAAGAUGGUGGCACAGGGGAGCAGGUGUUUACUGGAAGCAGACCUCAUCCCUAAAGACAGGCCGUUCUUCUGCGCCCCUUCCAAGAAGGAGAACACUGGUGUUGUCCCUGUCUGCUGCAACAGAGACAUGUGUAACAAAGACCUCAACCCAGAAGACUACUCAGAGACAUUCCCCACAGCCCGUACCCCUCCACUGAGCCCAGUGACCCUGGCGGCCGUCAUCGCGGGGCCGGUGUGUAUGCUGUGUUUCGUGCUGCUGCUGGUGUUCUAUGUGUGCCACAGCCGCUCGAUUAUCCACCACCGCGUGCCCAAUGAGGAAGACCCUGCCAUGGACCACCCCUUCCUGGCUGACGGCCAUACCCUCAAAAACCUCAUCUACGACAUGACCACCUCAGGCUCCGGAUCAGGUCUGCCCCUAUUGGUGCAGAGGACCAUAGCCAGGACCAUCAUCCUGCAGGAGAGCAUCGGAAAGGGGAGGUUCGGGGAGGUGUGGCGGGGCCGCUGGCGAGGAGAGGAGGUGGCCGUUAAGAUCUUCUCAUCCCGGGAGGAGCGCUCGUGGUUCCGUGAGGCCGAGAUCUACCAGACAGUCAUGCUUCGCCAUGAAAACAUCCUGGGCUUUAUUGCCGCUGACAACAAAGAUAACGGCACGUGGACCCAAUUGUGGCUGGUAUCAGAUUACCAUGAGCACGGCUCCCUUUUUGACUACCUGAACAGGUACACGGUGACAGUGGAGGGCAUGAUCAAGCUGUCCCUGUCCACCUCCAGCGGCCUGGCUCACCUGCACAUGGAGAUUGUUGGCACGCAAGGUAAACCUGCCAUCGCCCACCGCGACCUGAAGUCUAAGAACAUCCUGGUGAAGAAGAAUGGUACUUGCUGCAUCGCUGACCUGGGAUUGGCUGUCCGGCAUGACUCUGCCACUGACACCAUCGACAUCGCCCCCAAUCACAGAGUUGGAACCAAGAGGUACAUGGCCCCUGAAGUCCUGGAUGACUCCAUAAACAUGAAGCAUUUUGAGUCAUUCAAGCGGGCAGAUAUCUACGCCAUGGGCCUGGUGUUUUGGGAGAUCGCACGGAGAUGCUCAAUAGGAGGUAUCCACGAGGACUACCAGCUGCCCUACUAUGACCUGGUCCAGCCAGACCCCUCGGUGGAGGAGAUGAGGAGGGUGGUGUGUGACCAGAAACUACGGGCCAACAUCCCCAACAGGUGGCAGAGCUGCGAGGUGCUGCGAGUGAUGGCUAAGAUCAUGAGGGAGUGUUGGUACUCCAACGGGGCGGCCCGCCUCACCGCGCUGCGCAUCAAGAAGUCCCUGUCCCAGCUCAGCCAGCAAGAGGGCAUCAAGAUGUAGACUAGAGGGUCAAGACUACCUGUCUGUCUGGACUUUCUUUCUGUCCCCAUCGCUAUGUGCUGUUCUCUUCCACAUCUCUUUCUCUGAAGAGGAAGGGAGGGGAUAGUACAAUUCAGGUGGGUGUGUGUACCUUUCAAUGUCUCAUUCCUUCAAGGCUGAUUGGAGAUUGCUUCUCUGCUCUUCUCUGUUCUCCUCUGAGAUUGCAUCAGGACAUGGGUGGAUUCUGGAUAACAUUCUAGACUCUGGAUGCAGAGACACAACCUCCUGUCCCUCCCGUUGUUUUGCCUGACUGUAUCCAUCCCUUCUUUCUUACCCCAUGCAAGAAACACUGGACUUUAAUUGGAACCUCCUGUAGGAAUUCCAUUGCAAAUAUUCUGAAUCAAAGAAAAUAUGCAUUGAAAGAAAUUCUAAAUUUUGAUAUACCUCUCAAGGUCAGUGUCUAUUUAAGUGUUUUGUUUAAACAUGAUUAAGUGUUACUUAUAUGAAUUUCUUUAUUUCACUUAAUAUCUUUCACCUUAAAAUGUUUAUUUUACAGAUGCCAGAUCCAUAUUUUUUUAUGUGUUUUGUCAAGCAAAACAGAACAUGACCUCAUUAAGCUUUGUCAAAUAUGCAGUGAAAUAUGCAAUAUCUUGUUCAUUGCUAUGUAUAUAUGUUCCUUAAAGUGUAUACAGUGCAUUCAGACAGUAUUCAGACCCCUUGACUUAUUCCACAUUUGUUACGUUACAGCCGUAUUCUAAAAUGGAUUUUUUUUAAAUUCCCCACUGAUCAAUCUACCGUGCACACAGUUCCCAUAAUGACCAAGCAAUUUUUUUGUAUGAAUGUUUGCAAAUGUAUAUAAAAAAAAAACUUUGAUGGGGAGUGUUGCUGCACAGCUAUUUUCAGGUCUCUCCAGAAUUGUUUGAUCGGGUUCAAGUCCGGGCUCUGGCUGGGCCACUCAAGGAUAUUCAGACUUUUCCCGAAGCUACUCUUGCAUUGUCUUGGCUCUGUGCUUAGGGUCCUUGUUCGGUUGGAACGUGAACCUUCGCCCCAAUUUGAGGUCCUGAGCACUCUGGAGCAGGUUUUCAUCAAGGAUCUGUCUGUACUUUGCUCUGUUCAUCUUUACUUUGAUCGUGACAAGUCUCCCAGUCCUAGCCACUGAAAAACAUCCCCAGAGCAUGAUACUGCCACCACCAUGCUUCACCGUAGGGAUGGUGCCAGGUUUCCGCCAGAUGUGACGCAAUCUUGGUUUCAUCUGGCCACUCUACCAUAAAGGCCUGAUUUGGUGGAUUCCUGCAAAGAUAUCUAUCUUUUUUUAUAAUUUAAAAGUUUACAACUUUUUUCUCCCCAAUUCCAUGGCAUCCAAUUGGUAGUUAGUCUUGUCUCAUCGCUGAAAUUCCCAUACAGACUAGGAAGAGGUGAAGGUUGAGAGUUGUACGUCCUCCGAAACACAACACAACCCAGCCAAGCUGCCCUUCUUCUUGACACAAUGCCCACUUAACCCGGAAGCCAGCCCCACCAAUAUGUCGGAGGAAACACCAUACACCUGGCGACCGUGUCAGCGUGCAUUGCGCCUGGCCCACCACAGGAGUCGCUAGAGGGCUCAUGGGACAAGAACAUCCCUGCCAGUCAAACCCUUGCCUAACCCUGACGACGCUGGGCCAAUUGUGCGCCACCCCAUGGGUUUCCCGGUCGCGGCUGGCUGCGACAGAGCCUGGACUCGAACCAGGAUCUCUAGUGGCACAGCUAGCCUUAGACCACUGCACCACUCGGGAGCUCUGUCAGAGUGACCACUGGGUUCUUGGCCACAUCCAUGACCAAGGCCCUUCUCUCCCGAUUGCUCAGUUUAGCUGGGUGGCCAGCUCUAGGAAGAGUAUUGUUGGUUGCAAACUUCUUUCAUUAUAAGAAUGAUGGAGACCUUCAUUGCUGUAGACAUUUUUUUUACCCUUCCCCUGAUCUGUGACUCUACACAAUCCUGUCUCGGUGCUCUACGGACAAUUUCUUCAUCCUAAUUUUUGCUCUGAGGUGCACUGUCAUCUUAUAUAGACAGGUGUGUGUCUUUCCAAAUCAUUUCCAAUCAAUUUAAUUUACCGCAGGUGGACUCCGUUCAAGUUGUAGAAACAUCUCAAUGAUGAUCAAUGGAAACAGGAUUCACCGGAGCUCAAUUUUCGACUCUCAUAGCAAAGGGUCUGAAUACUUAUGUAAGUAAGGUUUUUCUGUUUUUUAUUUUUAAUAAAUGUGCAAAACUUUCGAAAAAGCUGUGUUCACUUUGUUGUUAUGAGGUAUUAUGUGUAGAUUGAUUAGUGGAAAAUGUAUUUAAUCCAUUUUAAAAUAAGGCUGUAACGUAACAAGAUGUGGAAAAAGUCAAGGGGUCUGAAUACUUUCUGAAUGCACUGUAUAUGAGUGGUUGUAUAUGGGUGUACUCAAUUCCAAUGCAUUUGGUGUGUGUGUGUAUACAGGUGUACAUUCUGUAUGCAUGUGUACAUGCAGUACAUCUACGCUGAUAGAUAUACAUGUACCUCUAUUUUAUACAAACUGCUCUUUUGUUAUUUCAACCACAACCAGGAAGUUCUCUGAAUCAGUCAUCCAAUCAUAUGUUAAUGUAGUAGGAGGAGGUUCUCUGAACAAAUGGCUCCUCCCACUGCCAUAGGAAAUGAUGCAGUGGAGAUCAGGGUCAUAUUCAUUAGGCACCAAACGGAAGGAAAUGGACUGAAACAGGGUGGGUCUACCUGGACUAAAUGUAUCUAAUAAGAUCAAUGUUUUUAAACAUUUUGCUAAGGUGUGCACUAAUGAAUAAAACCCAGGGUUGCCAUUAGGCCUAAGCAACACCAUGA